AUGGUUCAGUUAGAUCGAUUCGAAAUUGUCUUCAACAAUCCAGAAGAAGCUUAUUUUGCUGGACAAGAAAUUUCUGGAAAAGUAAUAAUCGAAAACAAAGAGCCAAAAAAAGUGAAUGAAAUUCUGUUGGAACUGAAAGGAAGAGCAAGAACUUAUUGGACAAAACAUUCAGGAAAAUCUCGUAAACAUUGCUCCCAUUCGGAACCAUAUUUUCUUGAACAAUUCAACACAGGCUACACUCAUAAAUUCACAAUUGUGAAAGAUGGAAAAGAGAAAGAAAGAGUUCUUCCAGCUGGAAUUCAUCAGGUUCCAUUUUCAUAUACACUUCCAAAAUCACUGCCAUCAUCAUUCGAAGGAGAAUUCGGGCAUAUUCGAUACACAUGUAAAGCUAUUUGUGAAAGACCCUGGGAUUUUGAUAUUGUCAGUCGAAAAGCAUUUACUGUUGUUGGAAUUGAAGAUAUAAACUCGGAUCCGAAGCUAAAUGAGCCAAUAACAUGCAUUGAAUCAAAUCAUGCCGUCACAUUCUGUUGUCGUUCAACGGGCAGUGUAACAGGAGAAAUUCGCAUACCGAAGUGUGGAUUCACUCCUGGAGAAAAGAUUGAUGUCAGCUAUAAAGUAAUCAAUCUGAGCUCUAAAACCAGGAACACGGCUCUCCGAUUCGUACAACAGACCACAUACAAAGCAAAAACAUUUGCUGGUCACGAGCACAUCAAAACUGUUGUUCGAGUCAUUUCAAAAAUAGAUAAAGGAGAAGUUCCUGGAGGGACAACAACUGAGUGGCAAGAAGAAUCAAUUAUUAUUCCAUCACUACCUCCGAAAUUGGGAAAAUGUAAAAUACUUUCAGUGAAUUAUGCAGUGGAAUUAGAAGUUGAGCAAACUCUCACAGUUCCAUGCUCUAUUGUUAUUGGAUCGAUUCCACAACUUGCUCAAUUGCUCAUACAUUCAAAACAGUCUGUUCAAAGUUCUGGCAAUGGUUCAAUUCCGAAAAGUUCAAUCAAGGAUAGUCCGCCGAAAUGGGACAGUGAAAGUUGUGUGCAGGUGACGAUAACAGACGAAAGUGGUCAGUUAGUCGAAGAACUUGGAAACGAAAUGGAAGCUCUUCUGUCAGCUCGAAAACGUGUUCGAAUGCCCUCUUCAAUUCUCAGCGAGUUGUAUCCAACAAUGCCAAGCCCGUAUUAUAAAGAAUCGUUUUUUGGUCCGAGUGACAUAUCAGAAGAGAAAGAGCAAGCACAGUUUGGAGAAACUUCUUUCGCACCGAAAUAUCCUUUCUAUACCGAUUGA